AUGAGAUUCCUCUCAUCUAAAAUUACCCGAUCCAUCGUUCUCGGACAGGGAAGUGUGAUAUCUCUUCCUGACCCUACCCACGGAAAUGUCAACUAUGUCUCUUUAGCUGAAGCGCAGAAGCUUGGUUUGACCAAGGUCAUUGGUAACCAGGUUUACAUGGGCGUCGAUAAUACCACAGUUCUAUCCGAUACUGUCAACGGAAAGCGUAAUAGCAUCUGGGUUGAAUCAGUUCACGAGUUUACCCAUGGUAUUCUCAUUGGUGAUUUUGCCCACAUGCCCGCUAGCGACUGUGGUACAUGGCCCGGUUUCUGGACCAUUCGUAAUGGUGGUGAUCUUCCAUAUGGUGAAAUUGAUAUCCUCGAAGGCUUCAACGACAUCACUCAGGCCUAUAUCUCUCUCCAUACCGAAAAGAGCUGCACCUUUAACUCUCCUAAGGCUUCUCAGCUCGGCAAUCUCAACAACGGCAAUACAAAUUGUCAACUAAACAACGGUGCAGGAUGUUCUAUUCAGUCUAGCGCAGACUCCUAUGGAACACCUUUCAAUAAGAAUGGUGGUGGUAUCUAUGCUAUGCAAUGGACCUCUUCUUUUAUCAGAGUUUGGUUCUUUGCACGUAGCAAGAUUCCUGCUGAUAUCAAGGCUGGUACUCCGAAUCCAGCAAAGUGGGGACUACCUACUGCCAACUUCGACAGUGCGAAUGGCGGUUGUGAUCUCGAUGCUAAUUUCCCGGCUCAGACAGUCUACUUCGACACGACCUUUUGCGGCGCUGGAGCUGGCGGGCAAGCCUGGUCCGACUGGUCGGACUGUCCCGCAAAGACUGGCUAUUCGACCUGCCAAGAAUACGUCGCCAAGGUUCCCCAUGCCUUCGACGAUGCAUACUGGCUUGUCAAUUCUGUCAAAAUCUACCAAUAG